CAGAGUCCCGGCAGACGCGGGCGAGGAAGGAAGGUUGCAGUGAGCCAGGUCUGUGCGGCUGCAGCAGGGACCCGCUGCCGGGGAGGAUGGCUCUUCUCCGGCGGCGUCGCUGCUGCUGCUGCUGCUGCUGCUGAGCCCUUCCUUUCCUCUCCUCCUUCUCCUCUUUUCCGCCAAGAAGAAGGAGCCAAGAUGACGGUGGAGUUCGAGGAGUGCAUCAAGGACUCGCCCCGGUUCCGGGCAACCAUAGAUGAAGUGGAAACAGAUGUUGUGGAAAUCGAAGCCAAGCUUGACAAGCUGGUGAAGCUAUGCAGCAAUAUGAUCGAGGCUGGCAAAGCCUAUAUCAUCACCAACAAGCACUUUGUCGGUGGAGUCCGGGACCUAUCGCAACAAUGCAAGAAGGACGAAAUGAUUUCGGAAUGCCUGGACAAGUUUGGAGACAGCCUGCAAGAGAUGGUCAACUAUCACAUGAUCCUUUUUGACCAAGCUCAGAGGUCCGUCCGGCAACAGUUGCACAAUUUCGUGAAAGAUGAUGUCCGGAAAUUCAAGGAGACUAAGAAGCAGUUUGACAAGGUCCGGGAAGACAUGGAGAUUGCUUUGGUCAAGAACGCCCAAGCGCCACGGCACAAGCCGCAUGAAGUCGAAGAAGCCACUGGCACCCUGACGAUCACGAGGAAAUGCUUCCGGCACUUAGCCCUCGACUACGUCUUACAGAUCAAUGUCCUCCAAGCCAAGAAGAAAUUUGAAAUUCUGGAUGCGAUGCUGUCCUUUAUGCAUGCCCAAUAUACCUUUUUCCAGCAAGGCUACAGCCUCCUACAUGAGUUGGACCCCUAUAUGAAGAAACUGGCUUCUGAGCUGGACCAGUUGGUGAUCGACUCUGCCGUGGAGAAGAGGGAAAUGGAACACAAACAUGCACUUAUUCAACAGCGGACUCUGUUGCAGGAUUUCUCUUACGAUGACUCCAAAGUGGAAUUCAACGUUGAUGCCCCAAAUGGAGUGGUGAUGGAAGGCUACCUCUUCAAAAGAGCAAGCAAUGCUUUCAAGACCUGGAACCGGAGGUGGUUCUCCAUCCAGAACAGCCAGCUGGUGUACCAGAAGAAGCUAAAGGAUGUCCUCACGGUGGUAGUAGAAGACCUCAGACUUUGUACCGUCAAGCCCUGUGAAGACAUAGAGAGGAGGUUUUGCUUUGAGGUUGUGUCUCCCACCAAAAGCUGCAUGCUGCAGGCUGAUUCUGAGAAGCUGCGUCAGGCAUGGAUCCAGGCAGUUCAAGCUAGCAUAGCCUCUGCAUAUCGAGAGAGUCCUGACAGCUGCUACAUUGAAAGACUGGACCGGACUGCCUCCCCUUCUACCAGCAGCAUCGACUCUGCCACUGACUCUCGGGAUCGCAGCACCAAAGGGGAGACUAUCUUGCAGAGGGUGCAGAGCAUACCAGGGAAUGACCAGUGCUGCGACUGUGGGCAGGCAGACCCUCGAUGGGCGAGCAUCAACUUGGGCAUCUUACUAUGCAUUGAAUGUUCAGGGAUACACAGGAGUUUGGGAGUUCACUGCUCCAAAGUGCGGUCGCUCACGCUGGACUCCUGGGAGCCGGAGUUACUGAAGCUGAUGUGUGAGCUGGGCAACGCCACCAUGAAUCAGAUCUAUGAGGCACAAUGUGAGGAGAUGGGACUCAAGAAGCCCACCGCUGGCAGUUCCAGGCAAGACAAAGAAGCUUGGAUUAAAGUCAAAUAUGUGGAGAAGAAGUUCCUGAAGAAGCUGCCAUCCGGGGAGGCUCUGGCUGAGCAUGAAAGGAAACCACGGCGCUGGAGUGUGAAGAAGUGCCAGAGGCGCAACAGCUCCACGAAAGCACCCACCGCGCGCAGGAAGUACCGGCACGAGGCAGGAAACGCAUCACCGGCAGCACACUCUUCAGCGGCCACCUUGGAAAGGAAAUUCCGGCGAGAUUCCCUCUUCUGUCCCGAUGAGCUGGAUUCCCUUUUCUCCUACUUUGACACGGGAGCUGGAGCUGGGCCACGCAGUGGCAACCACGUCUCAGUGCCGCACCCCCUGGCAGCCAGCCCAAGGAGUGACAGUGGCCAUGGUCCCGCUGGGAGCGGUUCACCGUUCCUCCUGGAUGGAGGCCCUGCAGGUCUAAGCAGUGACAGCGGACUUGGCGGCAGCACUGACGGCAGCACUGAUGUCCUGGUGUUUGGCUCAGUGGUGGACAGUGUCACAGAGGAAGAAUGCGAAGUUUCGGAGGAAUCCAGCGGAGAAGCAGAAAUCGAGCAAGAGGCCUCUGACCUGGAGGACCUGCGAGAGCUGCACCCUGGCCUGUUGGUUUACAAGGCAUCACGGGCCAGGAACCUGCCCGUCAUGGCGGAAGCCUUGGCACACGGCGCUGACGUCAACUGGGUGAACGACGAGGAUGAGAACAAGACCCCCUUGAUCCAAGCUGUAAUGGGGGGCUCUUUGAUAGCUUGCGAAUUCUUGCUCCAGAAUGGAGCAGAUGUUAACCAAAGAGAUAUCCGAGGGCGAGCACCUCUGCAUCAUGCCACGUAUUUGGGGCACACUGGCCAAGUCUGCUUGUUCCUAAAGAGAGGAGCCAACCAACAUGCGGUUGAUGAGGAUGGGCAGGACCCUCUCAGCAUCGCGGUCCAGGCUGCUAAUGCGGACAUUGUUACCUUGUUGCGUCUGGCUCGAAUGAAUGAAGAGAUGCGAGAAGCUGAGGGUCCAUUUGGUCAUCCAGGUCAAUAUCCCAACAACAGUCCCACAGAGCUCCAGUACAGAAAAUGUAUACAGGAGUUCAUCAGCCUUAACAUAGAUGAGUGUUAGUGACUUCUCCCGCCAACCCUGCUGCCUCCUCCUCUUCCUCCUCUUUUGGGUUGAAAUUUAAGGAUGCUGACUGAGCCCUGGAAAAAAGAAAGAAGGAAACUGUAGACAUGUCUUUGGUGGAGUGGGGGGCAUGGCUGCUAACAGAAGGCUUCCUGAAAGCUAAACGCAUAUGGGUUGUACAGAAGUAGAGGAAGAGAGAGAGAGGGACUGAGAGAGAACCCUUAAGGUAAAAUUAAGUCAACUUUUCAUGCCUGGUCCUGUAUGACUUCUGUUUUUGACACAGAUUUGCUUUGGAAGGGAGCAAACUGAAACUUAAAAAUCAAAUCCUGGUGUGCAGGAUUGUCUUAAGUCAAGGAUAUAAGACGAUCAACAGGAAGCCACAAUUUAAACAUCAUUCUGUAUGUGUCGCAUUGGGAUAAAAAGUGGGAUUCAAAAUAGGUUUCAUGGGUUUGGAGAGAAUUCUACCUCUAUACAGAAAGUCAGUCCGCACUGAAACUGAAGGAGGUUUUUCUCUCCUCCUCUCUCUCUCUCUCUCUCUCUCUCUCUCUCUCCCUCCCUCCCUCCCUCCCUCCAUCUCUCUCUCGCAAUCUUUCUAAUGCACACACACAAACACUUACUUUCCAACAGCAUUGACUGUCAACUUGUAAUGGGAUCGGAUUGGUUUGAACGCUGAACAUUGCAAACACACACACACAAAGCGGAUGGUUUGGGGUGGACUGCAACUGUUCAGCCCGCUUGGGUUUGGCAGGGCUUCUGGUGGAUCUGUUUGCUAUGUCCUGUGCAUGCGCUGCAGUUCUUGGAUCGAGAGGCAUGACUCCCCACCUUACAUGCUCUCAGGUUAAAGCCAGCAAAUGCUUCCUCUGACUUUUUUUUCUUGGGAGGGUGGGGGAUCUUAACGGAAAACUAAGCAUAGCUGGUAAAAGCCAUAACUCGGCCGCUUCCAAGAUGAGGACACAAUUUUUGCAGGGCGAAGACAGAUGUCUUGUACAUGGAGGCACAUGCUCUUCAUUUAAGGUCAACAUACCUUCUCCUUUAGGAUUGAGCUCUGGGGCUGGAUGUAGGCAGUUCUCUAACCUUUUUAGCAAGAGCAUGCAGUUGGAGGUACCAUUUGCAUUGCAUAUGUGAUGCCAAGAGGCUACCAUCCAUCCUCAUCCCCAAAGCAGGAUUGCAGCUGUUCUUCAUGAAACAUGAACGGACAAAAUAGAUGAACAUGGGAAUCACUCCUCCUUACUUAGGAUCACACAGUAUAUAUAUAUUAUUACGAGUAUUAUGUUUGGACUUCAUAUCUGAGAAUACUCCAUCCAGCUACUGGCCAAGCUGGCUGAGGGAUACUGAGAGAUGUAGUACAAAAUGUAACUUCCAAGAUUUUGUCAUAGCUGUAUCCCUUCCGACGUCACUUAAUGAAACGCUCCUUCAUCCCAUCGUGUUUGUUUUCAUCACCGCACAUAGAAAACCAGCGUGUCAGGGAGGUUUCUAACCUUUUCUCCUUGAUGAACAUGCAAAAGGAAACGCCAGUCUAAAAUGGAAACAGAGUCUGCCGACUAAGCUCUCAAUCUGAUGGCCUGCAUUCAUUAUGCAAACCACAAACCUAGGAGUGAGUUGGGCUUGCAUUGCAGGAGGAGCACAUUGCUGCAGUUCCUCUUUAAAGAGCACAUCUGUUUUCGCCCUUCAAAUAUUAUGCCCGUCUUCACCUUUAGACUCGCCAAAAUGGUGAGACUUGGAAGAAGACGCUCAUCGCCGGCGAUGGGUUUUUGUUGAUUUGUUGUUUUUUUAGGGGGGGGAACCACACAAACACACCUAUCCAGGGAGAACUGUAAAUUCACUCUCCUCGGGCCUUUUGAGGCCACGGUUAACCGGAGCACACAAGGGAAGGGGGUCAUAUUCCUAAGUCACAACGGAUUUCCUACGUCCCUGUUUCGGAUAAAGGGAUUUCUUCUUUUCUGCAUGCCUGCCCUUGCAAAGACUGUGAUACCUCCCUUCACCAUUGCAUGACCGCGGAGGGCUCAAAGGAUCUGGAUUUCUUGGAUUCUGGGAUUUGGGGGUUUCGGGGUUUGGGGCGGGGCACGGUGGGAUGGGGAGGGCUAUUUAUUUAUUAUGCUUUUUGCUGGAGCGGGAUCUGUUCUUACUCUCCGAGUAACUCUGGGGUUUUAUGGUCUUUGUCAGAAGAUGGACUGGGAUUUUACUUUAGACUUAGAAGUAGCUAAUUUCUCUUGAUGAUCUUAUAUACAAUAUAAAGCGGCAGCUAGCCCAGAGUUGUUCUCCCAAAGCAGCUGAACCCUACAGUGUGCUUUGCAUCGUCUUUUGUCUGGGAUGGACAGGGAAGUCUUUCCUUCCUAUCCUCUUACACAGAUGUUCUCUCAUCUUGAGGAUUGCUCUCCUCCUCAUCUUUAUGCUUCUGUUCAAUUUCCCCUGAUAUCUCAGCUGAGAUGUCAGUCCAUCGGACUUGAAAAGUGCCCAGAGGCAGGUGGUAUGUUUUAAAAGGCGAACGUUUCCCCUUGACAUGAAUGUCUAGUCUGUAGAAGGUGGUGCUCAUCUCCAUUACUAAGCCAAGGGAGCCAGCG